GUCAUGAUCGACUGGCCCAAUGUGACGGCGUCUGGCCACCGGGAGCUUGGCCUGAAACCCGAGGAGCUGCAGAAGUCCAAAUGUGUCCUGGGCUUCAUCCCUGUCAUCUACUACAGCGUUCUGCUCUGUGUGGGAGUACCAGUGAACAUCCUCACAGCAGUGGCUUUGUCCAGACUGGCCUCCCGCACCAAGAAAACUCUGUACUACUACCUGUUGGCGGUGACAGGCUCAGACAUUCUGUCCCAGCUCUUCAUCAUCUUCGUCGGCUUCCUGUUGGAGACGGCAGUUUUUCACCGCGACGUCCCCGCGCUCCUGCUGCACUCCGUCAGCGCUGCCGAGUUUGCCGCCAAUCACGCCGCUAUCUGGUCCACCGUACCCCUCACCGUGGACCGCUAUGUGGCGCUGUGCCACCCCCUCCUGCACCGCCAGAUCAGCUACCCGGCCCGGGCCAGGAAGAUCAUCGCGGUGGUCCUGGUGUUGUCGUUCAUAUCAGGCAUGCCAUUCUUCUGGUGGUCGGACAUGUGGAGGGAAAGCCACCCGCCCACAGCGCUGGACACCGUCCUCAUAUGGACUCAUGUCACCAUCAUCUACUUCCUGCCCUGCAGCAUCUUCUUGGUGCUGAACUCUCUGAUAAUCCACACGCUGAGGGUAACGCAGACGCAGCAGCGCCACCAGGAGGAGCGUGGGCGGAAGUCAGCGCCCCCUCGGCGGCUUGGGAAGACCACGGCCAUGCUGCUGGCCAUCACCUCCGCGUUCUCCGUGCUGUGGGCUCCCAGGACUGUCGUGGUCAUCUACCACCUGUACGUGUCCUCAGUUCACAGGGACUGGCGCGUCCACCUGGCCUACGACCUGUCCAACAUGCUGGCCAUGCUCAACACGGCCGUGAACUUCUUCCUCUACUGUUUCGUCAGCAAGCCCUUUCGCAGUGCCGUGCGGGACGUCGUGCUGCUCAGGGGGGGUCCGCUGUACCCUCGGCGCGCUCUGCCGCAACAGCACCCCCCCACCAACGCCUCCAUCUCCUCUCUGUACAGUGGGAACCACAAGCGCUUGCAGCGCGACUCCACCCGCUUGUCACUUCACAGGGCCAGAAAGCCCUCAUGA